AUGGUCUUCGGUAUCCAGGCAACCAGCAACAAAGGUCUUCGUGUAUAUGAAAAAGGUUUUCGUUCAGACAAUACAACUUUGGGCAUCAUCAUCAUCAUCGUCCCCUUGAGUGCGACUCGCAAUCCUGUACCUUUUGGCCGUUUGACAUCAUCAGUGCACAAGACAGGCCCUUCUCGUGAUAUGUUGGUGGUUACUCUUUGA